UUUGGGGAGUGCAUAUAAUCAACAUAUUAUCGAAGGUGCUUAGAUAUUGAUCCUGUAUUUCGAGGUAGUUCAAAUUCGCCUCUCUUGGACCUCCGGGGUUGACCUUAAUUUUUUCCGUGCUUGGUGGAGAAUAAUUCACGCGUAAAAUGCCGAAGAGAAAGUCUCCAGAGGGUCCCGAGGGCAAGGAGGCCUCCAAAGUCACAAAGCAAGAGCCCACCAGAAGGUCAGAGAGAUUGUCAGCGAAGCCUGUUCCACCCAAGGCUGACGCCAAGCCCAAGAAGGCCAUCGUCAAGAAGGUGGCAGAUGAUAAGGGGGCGAAGGCAAAGAAAGGUGGCGCUAAGGGGAAAAAGGACGACGGCCCCGCUCAGAAUGGAGAGACCAAGACCAAUGAGAUCUACGUGUCUCGUCCGUCUGUCAGUGUGUCUUCCAUCAGAAGCACGGCUCCCUCCUUGAUGUCAGUGAGAGGGCAGAGUGAGACAGUCAGAGUUAAGGGUAACUGAAGCAGCGGAGGAGGCGACUGAGGAGAAGGCGUAAGGACACGGGCGCGUCCACCGACUCGUCCCCUCUGACUCCAUGGCAGCAAAGCAUCUUUUUUUACUGACAAUUUUUGUACCAUGCUGAAUUUUUUUUAGACUUGUGAUAGUAGAGACGGACAACCAGCAGCCCCAUCCCAUGUGUUCACACUCCUUUCAGCUCCUCUACCUGCAGUAUGUUUUUGCUCAAUUCUCCUCCCUCCUCCAUUCUGUAUCACUACACGCCUCUCAGAAACCGAAAGACAGAAUGAAGUGUUUUUAUAAGGCGGCUGCAGAUGUUCUUCAUCUUGUCUGAAAGGGGCCGUAAACACGACUGUUAUGAGCGCUAAACCAGCUCUGCCUAUAUUUGUAGUCUCUACAAGAGAUGAUCAUUAUUAUUGCCACUCUGACUAUUUCCCCCCUGAUGGUUAAGGUGAGCAUUUGUGGAUGUGUAUCAGCAGUUUGGAUGCAGAACUACAAGAAACCAGGUUCACAGUCGCCAUGGAGAACAUCUGCAGCUUUUUAAAAAUCUUGGUUUUUAGAAUCAUUACCACUGUGUUUCACAUAGCUCCCUUUGUAUGUAUGUGCUGGAGCGAAUGUGUUUGUUGGUCUCUCUGUUUGACUUAGUUCACUUUGUCGUCCCCCCCCCCCCCACCCCCCAAACACCUUGUCCUGCAGCAGAGUGACAUAGCAAUAAUGAGUGGUGCUUCUGUUCUAGACGGCUCUAUUGGCUUUGGACCCUCUGGGCUUCUCUGACUUUCAUCCUGUUGGGAGACUAUUUUGAAAUAAAAGAAAAAGUUGAUGUCA